CUCAAAGAAUGGAAAAUAUAAAGUCUGUCAUUCUUCUCAACCAUCAUUUAUAUCAGUUCAUUUUAAGAAUCAACAAGAAUCAUGAUCAUUUAUCAACUUGGCCAUGUAUUGAACUUGGAGACGGAAAAAUGUUUAAUCCAAUACAGGACAGGCGCAAGGAGUUCGCUGUCGAGUGUUGGUAUAAAAAUUUGAUUGAAUCUUCCCAAGAAAUGGAAAAAAUGAAAACCAUGAUGUUUGAACUUUUGGACAAGAUGACUAUAAAUGAACAUUUUGCUCCAAUAUUGACAUCACCAGUUGAAUUAGUUAUGGAUUUAUUAAGAAGUGAUAUUUUGGUUGCUGGGGGUGACAGUGUUGAAAUUUUUUCAUGGAAGGAGAAGAAAUGGUUUAACAUUGCAUCAAUGGAAAAUAGACACUGUGGUGCUUCAUCAUUUAAUUAUAAUGAUAAUUUAUUUGUUGUUGGAGGAGCCUGCCAAUCAAUAGAGACAUUGAAUAUAAAACAGUCACCUUUAACAUGGAGAAAAUUUUCCACAGAGUUUCCUUAUGGAUGUUUUGGUCAUCAAACUGUUGUUUAUAAACAACAAAUCUUUCUCAUUGGAGGAAAAAUUGAUGAUAAAGGACCAUCAGAUUUGAUCAGUGAAAUAAAGAUUACAGGUACAACAUCUCAUGUUUUAAAAGAGUUGUGUCAUAUGCCUGAACCACGUUGGCGCUAUGGAGCUGUUGUUGUUGAUGAUAAAGUUCUUAUUUUUGGAGGACGGGGAAAAUCAAUUAAUUUUUGUCCAGUGUUUUGGAGUUUGAUCCAAGGACUCUUACAUUUAAGAAAAUGCCUCCAUUACCUCAUCCAUUGACUGAAAUGGCAACAGUUCAAUGGAGAGAUCAAGUUGUUCUUCUUGGAGGUUAUGGUGAUGAAGGAAAAUUGAACAGUGUUAUCAUGUAUGACAGCAAAACAGUUAUGUCUUUUGGACUGACAAGUGACCAAAGAUCUACUGUUGGUACAUUCACAGGACCAAAUUCCAGCACAGUAUUCCCAAGACACUGUCUUUCUGUAAAUGCAUUUAUUCGUUGUCUUGGAGUCAGAAACAAUGAAUUUGCGUUGUCUUGGGUGAUACCUGCAGCAAUCAGCAUUGGAAUUGUUGUUGUGGCAGCAUAUAAAUCUUCAACAAGUUAAGACUUUGAGGUGUAGACAAUGAUUUUUUAACCGUAUCACAUUGUAAAUCAAAAA